AUGGAUGAGUGGUGUGAGUGCGUCACGCCGGAGGGCCAUGUGUACUGGUUCAACCGAAAGACCGAAGAGAGCAGCUGGGACCCCCCUGCCGGCAUCAAGAGCACCAGCGGCAAUGAUGGCAUGAUCUGGAUUCCCCACCCCGAGGAGGGCUACCUCCCCGGCAAGGUGUCCCGAGACUGCGGCGACGGCUCGUGCGAGACGAUCUGGCUGAAGAUGCGCCCGUCGAUGCUCGAGAAGGUGGUGUCGUCCACGCUCGAAAAGAACGUGGACGAUCUCGUGCAAAUGGAACACAUCAACGAGGCCAUGAUCGUGCACAACCUGAGGAAGCGCUUCAAGAACGACCAGAUCUAUACCAACAUCGGCACCAUUUUGAUAAGCGUCAAUCCGUUCAAGAAGCUGCCGCUCUACACACCCACGGUGAUGGAUCAGUACAUGCACAAGGGUGUCAAGGAGAUGCCCCCGCACACGUUCAACAUCGCUGACAAUGCCUACAAAGCCAUGAUCGAGAAGAAGAAGAAUCAGUCGGUGCUCAUUUCGGGCGAGUCCGGUGCCGGCAAGACCGAGUGCACCAAGCAGUGCCUGAUGUACUUUGCCGAACUUGCCGGAUCGACCAACGGCGUGGAGCAGUUCAUCCUGCUUGCCAACCCAAUUCUCGAAGCUUUCGGUAACGCCAAGACGCUGCGUAACAACAACUCCUCGCGAUUCGGUAAGUGGGUGGAGAUCCAUUUCGACAUGAGCGCCCGCAUCUGCGGAGCGAGCACGGUCAACUACCUUCUCGAAAAGUCGAGGGUGGUGUACCAAAUCAAGGGCGAGCGUAAUUUCCACAUCUUCUACCAGCUCGUGGCCGGAUUGGACCAGGAGACGCUCGCCAAGUGGAACCUGAAGAGCGCCGAGCACUACAACUACAUCAACACGAGCGGGUGUAUCACCAUCGACGGCGUGGACGACGCCAAGGACUUUGAGGAGGUCAAAGAAGCCAUGGUACGGCUGAGCUUCAAGCCGGAAGAGAUCAACGACGUGUUCCAGCUGACCGCGGCCGUGCUGCAACUCGGUAAUCUGAUGUUCGGACCCGAGAUGACUGGUUCCGGGCCGGACGCCUCCAAGUCGGUGGUGACCGACAAGGGCCAGGCCCAGAUCGUGGCCGACCUCCUGGGCGUCAACAGCGCCGCGCUCGAGGCUGCGCUGACCUCCCGUCUCAUGGAAAUCAGGGGAUGCGCGCCCACGCGGAUUCCGUUGACGCCCGAGCAGGCCCGCGAUGCCUGCGACGCGCUCGCCAAGGCGCUCUACGGUCGUCUGUUCGAUUGGAUCGUGCGCCGGAUCAAUCAGUCGAUGAAGCCCUCCUCGACCCAGACCACCGUGAUUGGUGUGCUGGAUAUUUUCGGGUUCGAGAUCUUCCAGAAGAACAGCUUCGAGCAGCUCUGCAUCAACUUCACCAACGAGAAGCUGCAGCAGCACUUCAACCAGUACACAUUCAAGCUCGAAGAAGCCCUCUACCAGAGCGAGGAGAUUAAGUACGAGCACAUCAAGUUCAUUGACAAUCAGCCCGUGCUCGAUCUCAUUGAAAAGAAGACGCCGCAAGGUGUCAUGCUCACGCUGGACGAGCAGCUGUGGGUGCCCAAAGGCUCUGACGCUACUUUCAUUCUCGCCUGUAACAAGACCCACGGCAUGAAGCAGAACGUCAACUACGCCGAAGUCCGAACCUCCAACAUCGAGUUUGUGAUCAAGCACUAUGCCGGUGACGUCACGUACGAUGCGACGGGCUUCCUCGACAAGAACAAGGACACACUGCAGAAGGACCUCCUGGUCGUCGUGGAAGGCACCACCAACCAAUUCAUCUCUGUCAUGUUCCCCGUCAUUCCUGAUGCGGACCGACGAACGUCGAAGGUGACCCUGGGCAGUCAGUUCCGCCGUCAGCUCGAGGACCUCAUGACGGCGCUCAACACCACCGAACCCCACUUCAUCCGAGCGAUCAAGCCCAACAUGGAGAAGGUGCCCAACAAGUUCCAGGGCACGCUCAGUCUGCAGCAGCUGCGCUACGCCGGCGUCUUUGAGGCCGUCAAGAUCCGCCAGACGGGCUACCCCUUCCGCUACCCGCACCUAGAGUUCCUGCAGAGAUACGCGAUCUUGAACAAGGCCAUCGCCAAGGACAACAUGAAGGACCUCAAGACGCGCUGCUCGGCCAUCAUCAAAUCGCUCAAGGGCGACUUCUCCGAGGUCCAGGUCGGCAAGACCCGCAUCCUCUACAGGGCCAACUCUCACAGGUCUUUCGAGUUGCUGCGUAACAUCCAGGUCGAGAAGCUGUGUGUCCUCAUCCAGAAGCACCACCGACGUCACAUGGCGCAGAGGCUGCUGAAGCGGAUCAAGCUGGUAAAGGCGCCGCUGGAUGAGGCCCUGAAGUCGCGCGACAUCGACAAGCUCAAGGCGGCCCUGGAGAAGGCCAAGGACAUCGAGUUCAAGAUCAAGCUCAUCGCCGACUGCGAGAAGCUGCUCAACUUCCUCGUCAAGGAGAAGGAGCUCAACCGCAAGUUGAAUGAGUUGAUCGGAGGCGAGAAGGGCGAGGGCCAGCAGAUGGCCGUGUGGGAGAAGAUCUUCGACCAACUGAGCGGGCUGGUGGCCGAAGCCGACGAAAUCGAACUCGACAACGACAUCGUCAAGCGAGGUCGCGAGAUCGUCACCUUUGUCAAGGGCAAGAAGGAGUGCUUGAAGAUGUUCGAAGAGGCCACCAAGGAGUCGAACAAGGAGGUGCUCAUCACGGCCAUCAAGAAGGGCCGCGAUCUGGGCCUGAGCGAGGACGAGCCGCUGUUCAUCCAGGCCAAGAACGAACUGGCGCGCAUCGAGAAGGAGGAGGUCCUGCUGCAGGCGCUCGAGGUCGCCAUCGGCACCGGCGCCGCCCGAGUCAUCAACUCGGAUCCCAAGGAGUGGGACCACUCGACCAUCAGCACGGCGGGGCUGGAGGACGCCAUCAGAGAGGCCAACGCCUUCGGCGUCCGCACGGCGGCCGGCAAGAAGCGACUGACCGAAGGCCAGCUGCUGGUCGACCUGCGUAAGGCGCUUCUGAGCGAGGACUGGGAAGCCGUGAAGGUGGUGCUGAUGAAGGCCGCCAGCAUGCCCUACAACAGCGACGAGAUCAGCCACGCCAACGAAGAAGUGGCGACGAAGGCGGCGUCGAAGGAAAUCAUCGGGAAGCUGGUGGAGGCGACGCAGACGUUCGACCUGGAGGCGAUGGCCUACGGCAUCCAGCAGGCCAUCGCCAUGCAGCUGAGCGACGCGCCCGAGGUGGUCGAAGCCGAGAAGCUCCUCAAGCAGGCCACCACCGCCAAGCUCGCCCUCCAGAGUGCCCUCGAAUCGUCGGUCUUGGACGAUCUCGAGCUCGCGGUGGCGCUCGCCCGCCCCUUCGCCUUCCUGGCCGAGGACGUUGCGCGGGCCGAAGCCCUGGGCAAGUCCAUCUACGAAAACGACAUGGAUGCUCGCGUGGCCCUGUUCUUCAUGGAGAGGCCAAUGCUGGACGCCGUCUACGACAAGGCGCACGCCACCAAACUCGAGAGCAACCUCAUCAAGGAGAUCCGAGAUGCCCUGAGCCUCGACCCGACCAAGUUCAUCCAGCUGCAGCUCAAGGUGGCCAACAGGCUCGGCGACCACGCCCGAGCCAUCCGCCUCCAGAUUCAGCUCAAAGAGCUGUUCUUCGCCCAGUUCAAAAAGAUGUUCGUGCUGCACGAGUGGAAGCGGCUGCGCGAUCCCGAUUCCUUCGCCAAGACCAAGAUGUUCGGUCGCGAGACCCUGCGCCGAGGCAUGCUGUCGUGGACCAAGGACCCGAUCCCGACGUCGCUGACGCUAUUGGAUCUGCCCUACGCCAAGCAGGUCGUCCGGCUGUUCAAGAACGUGCAGGGUUUCAUGGGCGACAAGGCCCUCUCGGACGAAAUCUACUGCCAGAUCAUCAAGCAGCUCACAGACAACGACAACCACAUGUCCAUGGAAAAGGGUUGGCUGCUCAUGGGCAUGUGCCUGCAAACGUUCCCUCCGAGCGAUGAUUUCGUGAACUACCUGGAGCUCUUCCUCAAGGAGAAGGGCAAAUCGAACAACUUCGUGGGCAUGCUCCACGACACCCAGUACACCGCCCAGAAGUCCGAGGCGCCGAACGUGGAUUUGCUGCUGCCGACGCUCCACAGCACGUACAACCCGUGGAUCCUGCUGGACGUGGUUCCCGACAUCCGCCCCGAGCUCGUCCCGGCCGACUUCAACGGCUGGGCGGGCGCCGGCUCACCGAGGCGGUCGGCCACGGGGAUCAAGGACGCCGUGGCCAGCUUCGGCACCAUUCGGGACAUCUUCUACGGCGCCGGCCCUGGCAGCAGCGCGGACCCCGGCAGCGAGGCCGGCGGAGGCGCAUCGCCGCAACCCCACACGUGGAGGGAAGAGGCGCUCGACCAGGUGGGCAAGCCCAAAGGCCAGACCAUCUUCGCGUUGUGGAAGAUGGAGAAGGGCGGGUCGCACCCGGUGGCGUCAUCUGCCGCGGCGGCGGACGAAAACGUGGCGGUCGUGGACGUGGGCGUGGCCACCAUCCGCCCGGGGUCGGCCGCCGCAGCAGGCACGCCCCUCUCGCCGGAAUCGCGGAGAGCGCGGCCGAUACGGGGCACGCUGCGGGACUACAGCCCGAUCGAGCCGUCGCGCCCGAGGACCGGCACCGUGCAGCCCAACCUGCGCAUGCAAACGCUGCGCGGCGAGCGGCCCUCCACACCUGACAUGGACUCGCAGGCCACCCUCAGAAAGUUCAACGAAGAAAACGUCAAGCGGGUGCUGGUGAUGUACGACUUUGACGGCGGCGGAGACCCGAAGAAGCUGCGGAUCCAGCGAGGGGCGGUGAUCACGGUGCUCAAGGAGUACUCGGGCUGGGGCAUGGGCGAGCUCAACGGCAAGCAGGGCCUCUACCCGCUCAACUACGUCAAGCCCAUCGAGUGA